AUGAGGUGCUGCAACCCAAAGGCGCUUGAGUUCACGAGUACACCGCCACUUGCAGCCUCUGCCGCCGCCGCGGCGACGGCGGCGGGUGGCGGGGCGGGCAGUGGCAGCGAAGGGACAGGAGGGGGAGGGGUGGUAGGAGAGGGGAGCCGCCAGUAUACCUUCGAUCUAUGUGCUCACGAAGGCUUCAACCAGGAAGAGAUGUUCCAAUCCUGUGGACUCAUGCCGCUACUGAGCGCGGCUAUCAACGGAUAUGCAGGAACAGUCUUCGCGUACGGGGCGACAGGCGCAGGCAAGACCUACACUAUGUCGGGCCGCGAGCAGGUCCUCGGACCCAGCCGGGGCCCCGGCGGUCGCGUUCGACCCGGGAAUAAUCGGGGAAAGGCACCGCCUGCCGCCACCGGCCGCGCCGCUCCCGUCGCGGGCGUUAGCGACGGAACCGAGGGCCUGGUUCCGAGAUCGAUGCGGUUCCUUUUCCAGCAGGUGUCUGCGCUGCCGCCCGCGGUGACGAUGAGAAUACGAGCGUCCUUCUACGAGAUCUACAACGAGGUCGUGUACGACCUCCUCACUCAGGGCGACCGCCGCCCCCUCCAGGUGCGGUACGACGUGAGGCGUGGGUUCUUCGUCCAGGGUCUGUUCGAGGUGGAGAUACGCGGGCUCCACGACAUCAUGGCCGUGGUGGACGAGGGCAACGGCAACCGCCGGGUGUCCUCCCACCUUCUCAACAAGGACUCCAGCCGGAGUCACUCCCUCUUGACCGUGUACCUCGACAGCGAGCGGAAGGACCCGGAGGACGGGCACCUGGUCAAGCAGUUCGGAAAGUUGAGCAGCAGCCAGCGCCGCAGCGUGUCGUUCGUGGACCUGGCCGGGAGCGAGCGGCUCAAGAAGUCCAAGGCCACCAACGAGAAGGAGACGGGGGCGAUCAACAAGUCGCUCAUGACCCUGGGGAAGGUCAUCUCCGCCCUCUCCAAGCGGAGCGCGAUCGCAGCGGCCGCGCCGGCGCAUACGUCGGUCCUGGUGGAGGCCGCCGCCGCCGGCAUGACCGGCGUCAUCGACAACCUGACGCUCCCGGCGACCGCAACCGCCGCCGACAGCGGCGCCGACAGCAGGGGCGCCUCAGCCGCGAACAGGAGCGGCGGCAGCAGCGGCGGCGGCGGGGCGGGCACGCCGGCGGUCGUGGUGGACCAAUCGGCGCCGGCGGGGGCCUCGGACAUCUGGGUCCCGUACCGCGACUCGACGCUGACAAAGCUCCUGAUGGACAGCCUCGGCGGCAACGGGCUCACACUCAUGGUCGCGUGCGUGUCCCCGUCCGUGAGGCACGCCGAGGAGUCCGCGGCCACGCUGAACUACGCGGCGCGUGCGAGGAACAUCCGGAACCGGCCGCUCGUCCGGGUGGACGCCAGGGAGAGGCUAAUCAACGGCCUGCGCCGGGAGGUUAACCUGCUCCGCGAGACGCUUGGAGUGUUCUCUGGUGACAACGGCGGCGGCGGAGGCGGCGGGCUGUUCGCGCCAGUGGCUUUUUCGCAAGACGGUUUUGAGCUGGCGGCAGGGGGAGGAAGCCUUGACGGAGGCGGCGGGGGCGGGGGAGCGGCGGCCCCUGAGGAUAGAAGCCUGGCACUGAAGCAAGAGCCAGCGACUGCUCAGAUCGGGCAGGCCAGUCGGGACGUGGCCCUACUCCUACGAAAGUACGAGGAGGAGUGCCACCGUCUCAGAAACGAGGCGGCCUAUGCGCAGCACAAGGAGCAGGAGAUCGGCAAGCAGACCCGCCAGGCGCUGCUGGAGAACGACGCGCUUUCGCGCACGGUCGAACGGUUGCAGAGAAGCUUCGGCGGCGCUGGAAAGGCACCGUUCUCGACACCAACAUCAGCGGCAGACCAAAACGGCGCGAGUGACGGGGUUCAACAACACCCACCACCAGGUGGCGCCCAGUCCCCCUCGGCGGCGUCGGCAGCAGAUGCGGGAGAACGGCAAGAAGAGUCGCGCGCCGAAACAGUGGCGGGAGCCGGCACGGGGGGCGCCGAGACCACCCCGGCAACGGCAGCGGGAAACCUGGGGCAGGAAGUGAUGCACCUGCGCAGGGUGAACGAGGCCCUGGUGGAACGGGUAGAGUACUUCGAACGGGGUCAGCUGAAGUCACCGAGCGAUCGGGGAGGCGGCGGCGGAGGCGGGAGGGCUGUACGCGGAGGAGUGGCAGGUCGAAGACCUCACAACAUGGGCGAGGGAAGGGGCGGGGGCGGGGGUGCGGGCCGGGGAGCCACUCUCGGCAACAGCUCCGCCAGAAUAGCAAGGCCGGCGGUGUCGACGGCGGCAACGCGGCCGACGCCUGCGGCAAGCACCAACACGGCGACGGUAAAGCCCGCCGCGGGGUCAUUGACGGCGAAGAGCCCGAGGCCCGCCAAAGCAACGAGGGCUACGCCAGAUGGCGAGACGGCGGCGACCAAGAGAACCCGUGACGAUGGCGGUAGCUCCACAGCGACGCGAACGAAAGCCACGCCCGCCGCCGCCGCGGCUGGAGCGGCACCGGUGGCAACAGCCGCGCAGCGCCGGCCUGUGCCGGCAGCACCGGCCGCCAGAUCGAACUCGCGCCCCGUCAGAAAGCAUAGCAUACAACGGGAUGCGCAGGGACGGAUUCUCUUGCGAGGGGACAAAGGUUACGAUCCCCUGGUGGUGGCACCGAUGGCGGCCGCUCCGCCACCGGGGAAACCAGAUCGCGGCGGCGCCAGCAGCGCAAGGCUGCGGGGGGGAGUGGGGAGGGCCGGCGGCGGGAGGGGUGCCGGUGGCCGCACGACCGUUGGCGACAAGGGCAUGGUAGGUCAGACCACGGAGUUCGAGGGGCAGAGCGACUCGACGCUCAUGAAGACGCCCGCUGCUGCAGCCAUCGAGGGCGACGAAAGGGCGGCGGCGGCGGCGGCGGCAGCUGAGGAGGGAGCUAUUCCCCCGCCAGAGGCUGGCAGCGCCCGGGCCGACCAGGAAGAGGCAAGCGAGCGCGUUGGCAUGAAAGAAUCCGGUGAAGUUCAACAGCGCUCAACAGGUGAUGACAACGGCGUUGAUACGACCGACCAUUCUUCCUCAGCAACAACAACAGGGGACGAGGCAGCAAUGGGGGAAGUUAUCCCCCCGCCAGAGGCUGGCAGCGCUCGGGCCGACCAGGAAGAGGCUAGCGGGCGUGAUGGCCCAAAAGAGUUCGGCGAAGUUCAACAGCGCUCAACAGGUGGGGACAACGAUCUUGAUCCAACCGAUCACUCCUCUUCAGCGGCAGCUGCAGGGGGCCCGGGGAAUGAAAAAGAGGGGAAAACAGGUACGUUCGUCCCGGAAAAAACGAGGGAUGAGGCGGGGACGGCUGAAAUUGCUGACGGGGGCGGCACUAGCCGAGGAAACGCCGAUAGGACGGCAGGGAGGCCGGCGGACAAGGAAGAACAAGUGUCCUCCUCUCAAACCGAGGGAGACAAGGAAGAACCUUCUGGUGCUGGUGGUAGGUGUUCUGUUGGACAUGGUGAUGGUGAUGGCGGUGGUGGUAGUUGUGGUGAUAGUGAAGAGGGCGGUGCUAGCGGUGAGGGACGAAGCGGGGUCGAGCACAGUGAUGAUACCGCACAACAAGCGAAUAGUGGGGAACCGGCGAAGCAAGCGGAUGGCGAGGCUGGCCAGACGGAAGCAGGUCCAACAGAAAAACCCCCGGCCGAAGACCAAAAACGGGUUUCUGCGAGUAGUAGUGCCACCUUCCUCAAUCCAACGGCGGCCGGUAUGGUGGCACCACCUGAGGAAGAAAACGGGGACGAGGGCGGGGAUAAGGGCUUGCCAUCGCCUGGUCGACGACAACAUAGUCGGGACUCGCCUCCGUUGCCCGACCAAGAAACAACUGGACAGGGAUUGGUCAACGCGAAACGGGGCCGGGAAGGCGACGGCGGCGGCGGCGGCGGCGGCGAUACCGACGGUAGUAGUAGCGCCCCCGGUGCAAGCGAUCGCUCCGAUUCUUCUGCCGCUGCGAGUGACAAAGUUUGGGAGCCCGGGAAGAACCCCUCGAAGUCAAGAUCGAAAUCGACCCGGUUGAUGCGAAGGGAGUCGACGUCGGAGAGUGGUUCUGUUACUGCGGGUAGCAGUAGAAAUAAGAAGGCGGGAGGUUUUUUCAAGAGAAGCAAGAAAAAGUAGUUUUUUUUUUCGGUCUUGACACAUUCUUAUUUUUAGGGCGUACGUACACACAACAUACCACAUAUUUUUUUAAAUAUCCUCCUACUUGAAUAUUGUGUCCUCUGUUUGUUUACCAGAAGCUUUCAUGUACGCAUGCAUACGGUCGGACUCAAGAUUUUAUGUUUUCGUCUCCAAAUUUGAAUCCUCAAGUUCUACACUGUAAGUUGAGGUUUGGUCUCCAAGUCUGGGAAGAAGGCAUUGAGUGGGAUUUCCCCUCCCUUGUUGAAUAUGCUUGUUGUGGUGAAUGAGCCCCAAUUUGUCUUUGGGGGACUUGACAAAUCAGAAACAAACUCUGUG